AUGGUCGAUCUAAGUGAACAAGUCGUUUGGAAGCGUAUGUGGCAAGAAUCCACCUGCUGUAUGUACCGGGUGGCCCAGUGUCGCAGCGGGAAUUCAAACCUCAAGACUCUGCUGUCCAUUGGAGGCUGGAACUUUGGCACCCAGAAAUUCACCGCGAUGGUCGCCUCAUCAGGAACUCGGCAAAUCUUCAUCAAGUCAGUCAUCGCCUUCCUGAGAGGGUACGGCUUUGACGGUCUGGACAUCGACUGGGAAUAUCCUGGAUCUCGAGGAAGUCCUCCCGUUGACAAGCAUCUCUACACUGUCCUGGCUCAGGAGCUGAUGGCUGCCUUCGAGGCCGAAGGGAAAAGCGCAGGAAAGCCACGACUGCUGCUCUCGGCUGCCGUUGCUGGUGGGAUGAGCAACAUCGAUACUGGCUACGAGGUUCCUCAGCUCAGCCAGUGA